CUGUACAUGUCUACAUAAGUCAGCCCCGGCCUACCCUCCUCCCGCGCUGUAUCUCCGCUGCUGAGCUGGGCAGGCGCGCCGGGGUUCUCCUGGUCUCCGCAUCACUGUUCCCGGAGAGGCCCUGCUCCACCGGCCACCUAGCCCCCGCUGCCUAAGUGAGGUCCGCGCUGGUGUACUGCUCACUGCCGGCGCCAUCUUGGGACUCCUGGGGUCCGGCCGUGUAUUUGGCCUCCUUGCCCUCCGCUAUCAGCCACACUGCUUCCGAGAAGACGGCAGCUCCGGUCCUGCUCUCUAACGUUCCUGCUGCCUCAGCUUUUCUCCUCGGACCGCCGACAUCGGCUGGACGCGGCCCCUGCUCUCCGCACCUGUGACCCUCGCUGCCCCCGCCCCGGCUCCUGCUCUCCCUCUCGCAGCCUGUCCGUGGUUUCCGCUGCCGAUUCGUCAACGAAUUCUUCGCCCCAGCUGCCGGGAGCCCCGGAGCCGCCUCUCUCAGGGCCGAUAAAUCUCGUAGGCACGGCUGUGGACUUGUACUGCUUAUUAAGUGACGAUGAAUUGCCGUUCAGAAGUAUUGGAAGUGUCUAUGGAGGGCCGUCAGGUAGAGGAGGCAAUGCUGGCCAUCCUGCAUUCUAUACUUCUUCACCGCAGCACUGGCAAGUUCCACUAUAAGAAAGAAGGGACCUAUUCCAUUGGUACUGUAGGAACUCAGGAUAUGGACUGUGACUUCAUAGAAUUUACAUACGUCAGGGUGUCCUCAGAUGAGCUGGACAGAGCUCUACGCAAAGCAGUUAGUGAAUUUAAGGAUGCACUGAGAAAUUCUGGAAAUGAUGGCAUUGGACAAGUGUCUCUGGAAUUCUACCAGAAGAAGAAGUCCCGCUGGCCUUUCUCAGAUGAAUGCAUUCCAUGGGAGGUUUGGGCCAUCAAAGUUAACAUUGUAUCGCUGGCUACUGAACAGGAACGGCAAAUCUGCAGAGAAAAAGUGGGAGAGAAGCUUGGGGAAAAGAUCAUUAACAUAGUGGAGGUGAUGAACAGACACGAAUAUCUACCAAAAAUGCCAACCCAAUCAGAGGUGGAUAAUGUGUUUGACACCAGCCUAAAGGAGGUGCAACCCUAUCUGUAUAAAAUCUCCUAUCAGAUUACUGAUUCUCUUGGUACGUCUGUCACCACUACAAUGCGGAGACUUAUCAAAGACACUUUGGCUCUGUAAGGCUACAUGACCCCACAAACAUAUAUUUAAAGCAUGGACUGAGCUAAUUAAUUUUAUGCUCGUUAAUUAAAUCAUUUGUCAGAAAAGAUAGCUGUAAAACAGCAUCAUUUGUAUAUAGCCAUUUUGCCUAAAGUACUUUAAUUCUUUACAAACAAUAAAAUUGAUCCUGUACAGAU